AUGAACGUCAAAGAAGAAAGCGCCAUAGCAACAUUGCAUUUGAACACCAAGAAGACAAAAGUCAUGACUACAGAAGAAAUACACAACUUUAACAUCAACAAUGAAGACGUCAAAAUUGUUAAAGAUUUUGUUUCACUUGGUUCAGUCAUCAAUUCGAAUGAAGACGGCACCCAAGAAAUCACAUGUGAAAGUUGGACAGUGAAGAAGGCUGAUAGGAAAAAAGUGAUAAUUCAUUUGAACUGUGGUGUUGGAGGCAAACUCGAAGGAUACCCUGGACCUCCAGAAAAAGGAACAACCCUGAAAUUGGUCCAGGACAGUUAUCGGUCAGAUGACAGGCAGGAUGACGGAUGCCAGGUGGUCCCGAAGAUGGGUACCAGAAGCAGGGGCCCCGUGGUCGCGGAUGGAAGCACACGCGUGGCCCGGAAGUGGCUGGAGCUGAAGGCGGAGCAGGUGCCGUGUCCGCCCCACCUGGCGACAAGGCGGGGAGCCCGCACAUACGUGACCGUCAGGAGCGAGCUAGGGGAAGUGAAGAAACCCAGAAAGACAAUUCCAAAAUGCACAUUUACCGCGGUGCUUCUGGUUACUACCGUUUAUCUACUGGUUAACAUUUCCUACCUGACUUUGCUGACCCCCAGGGAAAUUCUGUCCUCAGAUGCUGUGGCUUUCACAGGGGCUAACAGAGUUCUCCCCUCGUUAACGUGGGUCAUUCCUUUUGGUAUUUCUGCCUCGUUAUUUAGCAACAUUCUGAUUAAUGUAUUUCAGUCAUCAAGAGUCACAUAUAUUGCUGGCCAAGAGGGCCAGCUGCCUUUGUUUAAUAGUCACUCGUCUCCAUUCAUGUCUGUGCUACUGCUUGUCACCAUGGCUUCUAUUGUGGUUGUCUCGACACACCUAACUGACUUCAUAAACUAUCUUUAUUUUGUAGUUUCGAUUUGGUCUGUAUUAUCAAUGACAGCAAUACUAAAACUCAGCUACCAGGAGCCCAAUCUGCCUAGACCUUAUAAGCUUUUUCCAGGUGUCUUUGCCAUUUCCACUGGUAGCGAUGGCAGUCAGCCUGUGCUUGGUUUUGGUACCUUUGGUGAAGUCCCCGCACAUGUAUUACAUCUAUGUGUGUCUCUAUUCUUAGCGGACUUCUGUUUUAUGUACCUUUUGUGUAUUUUAAAUUGAAGUUGGUUGGGUUUGAGAAGAUGACAUGCUACUUACAGUUGCUGUUUAAUAUUUGCAUCCCUGAUGGGUCUGAUGAACAGAAAGCAGA